AUGUCGGGGCUGUGUGGAAUUCGCCCCGAAGGCGUGACGGCCCAUUCGAAAUUUGGCCCUUUGCCGUCAUCGUGCUUCUUCGAUUCUAUCAUCAUACCUUUACCGGCAUGGAUUCGUCUCACCAUUACAUUCGCUCUAUUCCACUUUGUCGUGCCCGUCCUCAUUGUCGACAAGAUCAAACGAUAUGAAGUCAGGCAAGAAUGGCAGAGACACGCCCAGCUGUCAUUCUACUACUUUACCAUUCUGGUCGUCUUUCUCAUGGAGGCUAUGGAGAUUGGAAGGCUAGCACAAAUUGGCUUUGGCGUCGGUCUGCUGCCAUUUAUUUUUGUAGGUUGCGCUGUCUCCGCCGUUAUGCAGGCAACACGGGGCGCCAAAGGCCGCAUUCGCAACUGGCAGCCGGCCAACAUUAUUUUCUGGAUCAUGAGUGUGGCCGUGACCAUCAUCAAGAUCAUCACUGUGCAAAAGGCCGGCCAGACCAGCCCACAGGCUAGGCGGGUAAAUACAGACUACCCGACAACCCACCAAACUCAGGACCUGGCUGUUCUCGCUGCCUGUUACAUUCUCCUGCUCAUCAAUGAGAUCGCGCUCAUGUUCCAGAAGACUUGGGAUGAGACACUCGACGGAGAGAACGUCAAGACGCUACGCCUCACUAGAUCCAUCAGCGACCAAGCCCGUUACGACCUCACCCGGGCUAUCGAAGAGGGUUACUACCCCUCUGGCGUUACGUAUUUGACAUUGAGACUCGAGGGCGAGUCCGCCAGCGACAAGGACGUGCCCGGAAAGGAAAAUGAACUCAAGAAAACAGCCAGCCACAACGCCUCUAUUGCAGGAUCGUCUUCCAGCGAAAAAACCGCUGCCAAGCGCAUCGUGGACGAUAACAUCGAACCUGUUCCUAUGAUCCCACCAAGCUUCAGGCAAAACACCGAGCGGUGGUCUUCUGCUAUGACCCUGAGAGAUGGAGGUGCUGACGAGCCCUUUAACGAAAAGACCGGCCUUAACAAGAAACGAGGUAGCGAGCGAUGGUCUUCAGCAAUGACACUCAAGGAACCCGGACCGAUCCGAGACCCCAAUGAGAAGCGUGGUUCAGGAUACGUUGCAAAGGCAUCGCCUACUUUUGAAAACAUUGACGAGUCUGAGCCUCUGGAAGCCGUCGCCUCAUCUUCGUCAUCCAGAUACACUGAAGAAAAGGCUGCCGCGAAGGCGAUGCUCGUUGACAGCCCAUUCCCUCUGAGAGAGCCUCCUAGCCCCCCUGUCGAGAGGCGUUCGUUCCUUCUGAAGCCAAGCACCCCCAACGCUCACGCGGAGCGAUGGUCGGCCAUGACGCUCAGGGAAGACGGUGCUGCCGUCCCGUCUAGCUCAAAAGAGGAGCCCGUCAUGUCCUCCGCCACGGCACCGGCGACACCGGAAAGGAGAGCCUCCGAAUCUGGAAACAGAAACUCCAUGAGAAGGUACUCUGACUGCUCAUCACGAUCGGUUCGACGGUUUUCGGCACGCAGCGACCUCCGUGUGGCGGCGGCCACGGCGGCAGCCUUUGUGGAUACAGAUGAUUUGCCUCCGUCUCCUGAGGCGACGGAACAGACACACCUGCAAGCCCAGCAGCACCCACCACCUUCACCGUAUACUGACACUCCUUAA